UAGGCAGACCAUCAUAAACUAAGCCCAGUGCUCAAUAGCUUACCUUUAUUGUUGGGAGGAGCACAGUCCCCAUUCAUAGCUGGACCUUUAAAACUGUAACAGCAAUGAUCACAGCAAGGCAGCUUGCUUCUACACUUCAGCAUCGCUGACAAUUUUAUGUUCCAAGCAUGAAAUCUGCACUUUGCUGAUCUGACAGGCAUUGGACUGAGGCUCAGACAGGACUAGGAGCUGCACAGUCAGCCUUUGACUUUUCACAGAUCAGGAGCAGAGGGUGGAUUAAUGACACUGAUCCUCAUUCAACCACAAGUCAACCAGCAGCACAAAGUAAGUAACAAGCUGGUUGUUGGAGGGAUCACUUUGAAGGCAUCCAAGCAGAAUGGACAUGUGUUAUUGAAAGUGCAGCACAGCAAGAGAGGAUGUAUAGAGCAGCAUUUGCCUUACAGAGCGAGGACUGAUCUCUGCUUCACCGAUGAACUAUGUGAAAAAGGCACAGUUUAGAAAACAGAACAGGACUUCUCAUUCUUUCACAUCAAGAGUGUUGGACAUUUUCACUCGCAUCAUGCAAAGCCAAUAUAUACCAGCAAAAGAGAGAAGAAUUGCAGGAGGGGAUGCCAAACUGUCCCAAUUAAACCUACAGCUAAAAUUAUCAGCGUGCUGUUUUUCCGCCUAGAGGAAACUAUGAAUUCCUCUUCUGGCUCUCCAAUGUAUAACUUUUCCAAACUAGACUUUUUUAUAAAGGCUAAUCUGUCCAUGCCAAUGUUUGGAAAUGACAGCAAAGAGCUUGAUAUGGAUGAGUUGGAGAAAAUGCUGUUCCUCUUUGAUAAAGAACCUGUAACCAUCAGCCUUACUGCCAUGUAUAUCCUUUCCUUUGUGGUGGGCAUUAUCGGAAAUAUAAUGUCUAUUAAAGUGCUGACAAGGAAAAGAACUGGUAGGACAUCCAGUCUGAGUGCCACCAGAAGCCUUCUGAUUAAUCUGGCGAUUUGUGACCUCAUGGUGGUUUGCAUCUGCAUGCCCAUUACAGUUGGGAACUUGAUCUACAAAGCCUGGGUAUAUGGUGACUUCCUCUGUAGAGCAGUACCCUUCAUUCAGGCCGUAUCUGUUUCAGCCAGUGUGCUUAGUCUCACAGUUAUAAGCGUAAACAGGUAUUAUAAUGUACACAAUCCACUGAAUGCCAGAUCGUUUUUUACCCAAAGGAAAAUAUAUGGCACCAUUGUUGUGGUGUGGGUAAUAUCCUCCAGUAUUUGCUCGCCUCUCAUAUUCAUGAAUAAAAAGGAAGAUAUUGAAAUAGAUCCAGCUUUGCCUUCUUUAGUGUUCCCAAUCUGUAGAGAGAUCUGGCCACAUGUUAUGUUCAAACAGGCCUACAACUUCCUUUUGUUCUGCUGCUUGUACUGCUUACCUGUCCUUUUCAACUUAUUUAUUUGUUUCUUCACAAUACGUAAACUGUGGAGCUCUUCUGGAAAUUUUAAGGACUGUGACUCCAGGAACCAAUCUUUGCCAGUUUCCCGACUUAAGAUCAGAAAGAAGAUUGCCAAAAUGGUGGUUUCAUUGGUGUCGCUUUUCGCCAUUUCAUGGCUUCCUGUCUAUAUGAUGGACAUAUGGAUUGAUUUUAGCAUCCCAAAACCAACUCAAGAUGAUACUCCAUCACCAUGGAUCCUUCAGCUGAGACCUUUUGCUCAGUGGCUUGGACUCACCAACUCCAGCCUCAAUCCAAUUUGUUAUUGUUUUGUGGGAGACCUUUAUCGGUCAGCCAAACAGAUGAAGAGCAUAUACCACAACAGGAUGGUUUCGCUGUUUAGUUUCUCCUUUUCUGAUAACUCUCCAACAUCAAUCCCUAAGCUUCUGUCCUACAAAAACUCCUUACAUUCCACCAAAAGGUCCAAACUGAACUGCCCCUUGUCAAUGGGGGAGAACUGUGAAAGUUGCUACCCGGUGAUCAGUGUGUGUGAAACUCCUGCUCUGACCAGCCACCCAUUGUCCUAGAGGCUAAUAUGAUGGAACACUGAUCAUUCACUUUGUAAAGAUAGAUUGUACAAAAGAUUCCGCUAAUGACUUUCAUUUGCAUUAUAGAUCUAUGACCCAACCAGACAGAUGUGAUUGUCAAUAGAUUUUGACUGCUUUAAAUAUUUUAUUUCACUUAGUGUGAGUGCUAUUGCUCCACUCAAAUUUUGUCAGAGACAGUGUAAAAUUGAACAUAAGUCAAUACAGUAAAACCUUGGAUUGCGAACAUAAUUCAUCCCGGAAACAUGCUUGUAAUCCAAAGCACUUGUAAAUCAAAGAAAAUUUUCCCAUAAUAAAUAAUGGAAACUCAAAUGAUUCGUUCCACAACCAUUUAUUCAUAGGUCCUUCAGUUUAUAGUUCAUAUAAAGAGAUUACAGCAAUUUAAGUUGUGUAACCAUAAAAUGUCCAUCCACAAAUGGAAGCCUCCAAAAGUGGAUUAGAAGCAAAA